AUGAAAACACAAUUUUCUUUUAGGAUCCAGGUUUUAAUGAGAAAAAGCAAACAGACUGAAUUUUUGAUGUGAUAAAACUUAUAAUAAACAUUGAUUUCAAAAAGGCAUUGUAUUGUAGUACCAGGUGACACAAAUAGGUAGGAAAAGCUUAUUUGUUGGGAUAUUUACCUGUGGGGGAAAUACAAUAAUGAAGAACAAGUGUGAAGCUACAAGUGUGUCUCGUGUGUUGGUGAUAGCAAGAGAUAUAAAACUCAGCUACUAUAGCAUGUAUUUGACCACAAACAUCUGCACCCUGCUUUUCUGUAUUCAGAUACGAAGUUUUUAUGUGAAUAAAUGUUCUGUGAUUCAAAGGUUUUAAAAACCGUUCUAUUCAUGUUAUGUUGCAUGAAUGUUUUUUCCAAUGCAUAAUUUAAUCCAGGUCUGAACAGUCCAGGUCCAGUGGUUUUUGAACAGGACCUGGUUCUAGGUGACCCUGGAGCGAAAAAUGCAGUGGAAUGUUCCUUCAGUGCCCUCGAGACUCGGAAGCCAAAUUCAGCGUGGAGUUUUUCUAAAGCAGGAACGCGAAGCUGAAACUGAGUUUUCCAGUCGGACGUGUUUUCCCGUAGAACGGAAACUUCCGGCGGAACACUUGUCGAACUCCGGUCUCUUUUUCCUUCAGGGGUUUGUUUUGCUUGUUCUUCCCGUCUGGAGGGGAACCUCACCGGGACGGCUGCGUGGAGACAGCCCAAACUGUCGGACAGUUAGCCGGCUGCUAACCUUAGCAGCCCCGCAAGAGUCCCGGCCCAAAGUCCCGACCCGUGAAACCAGAACCCGUCUAACUGUCUGCGCAGAACCGGACCAUGCGGUCAUUAAGGUAACGGACGACAGAUUAAUGGGAGGCAGCUUCCUCCACCGGAGGGGACUUUGGGGGCGCCAGCUGCGAAGACACGGGGGCUCCAGGCUGCGGGUCCGGCUUGGAUGGAGUCCCUGGCCGCCUAUGUGUAUAAGGCAGCCUGUGAGGGUCGGGUCCUGACCCUGGCCGCGCUGCUGCUCAACCAUUCCGAGGCAGAGACCCGCUUCCUGCUCAGCUACGUGACCCAGCUGGCCGGACAGAGGUCCACUCCCCUGAUCAUCGCGGCUCGGAACGGACACGACAAGGUGGUCCGACUGCUCCUGGACCACUACAAGGUGGACACCGAGCAGACCGGGACGGUCCGGUUCGACGGGUAUGUCAUAGACGGAGCCACAGCGCUGUGGUGUGCUGCUGGGGCGGGGCAUUUUGAGGUGGUGCGCCUGCUGGUGAGCCACCAUGCCAAUGUGAACCAUCGGACCAUCACCAACUCCACGCCUCUGCGUGCCGCCUGCUUUGAUGGUCGCUUGGACAUUGUCCGCUACCUGGUGGAGCACCAUGCUGACAUCAGCAUCACCAACAAGUUCAACAACACCUGCCUAAUGAUCGCGGCCUACAAGGGCCAUGUGGAUGUGGUGAGGUACCUGCUGGAGCAGGGGGCGGACCCCAAUGCUAAGGCCCACUGUGGGGCCACAGCCCUGCACUUUGCAGCAGAGGCCGGUCACAUCGAUAUCGUGAAGGAGCUGAUGAGCUGCCAGGCUGCCAUGGUUGUGAACGGACACGGCAUGACGCCGCUGAAGGUGGCCGCAGAGAGCUGCAAGGCGGAGGUGGUGGAGCUGCUGCUGGCCCACGUGGACUGUGACCGCAGCAGCCGUAUUGAGGCCCUGGAGCUGCUGGGGGCGUCUUAUGCCAACGACAGGGAGAACUACGACAUCCAGAAGACGUACCAGUACCUGCACAUGGCCAUGACAGAGCGCCACUCUGAUCCCAACAGCAUCAUCGCCAAGGAGAUGCUGCCACCUAAUGAGGCAUACGGGUGGCGCUCAGAGUGCCAAACGCUGCAGCAGCUCGAGGCUAUCCGAGUAGACCGAGACGCUCUGCACAUAGAGGGGCUGAUGAUCCGGGAGCGCAUCCUGGGCUCAGACAACGUCGACGUGUCUCACCCCAUCAUCUAUCGUGGCGCUGUGUACGCCGACAACAUGGAGUUUGAGCAGUGCAUCAAGCUGUGGCUCCAUGCGCUUCGCCUCCGGCAGAAAGGGAAUCGGAAUACCCACAAAGACCUGCUGCGCUUCGCUCAGGUCUUCUCCCAGAUGGUCCACCUGAAGGAGCAUGUGUGGGCCUCCGCGGUGGAGCAGGUGCUGAGCUGCAGCGUCCUGGAGAUCCAGCGCAGCAUGGCUCGAGUGGAGGCGGGGCCUGAAUCGGAGCUCCCACAGGCUAUGGACAACUAUGAGUCCAACAUUUUCACUUUUCUCUACCUGGCCUGCAUCUCCACCAAGACCACCUGCAGCGAUGAGGAACGUGCCAGAAUCAACAAGCACGUCUACAACCUGAUCCAGAUGAACCCGCGGGGACGCAACGGCUCCUCGCUGCUCCACCUGGCCAUCAGCUCCACCACUCCGGUGGACGACUUCCACACAAACGAUGUGUGCAGCUUCCCUAACGCCCAGGUCACCAAGCUGCUGUUGGACUGUGGCGCGCAGGUCAACGCCGUCGAUAACGAGGGCAACACGCCGCUCCACGUCAUUGUUCAGUACAACAGGCCCAUCAGCGACUUCCUCACACUGCACGCCAUCAUCAUCAGCCUGGUGGAGGCAGGCGCACACACAGACAUGACCAACAAGCAGAAGAAGACGCCGCUGGACAAGAGCACCACGGGUGUGUCAGAGAUCCUUCUGAAGACGCAGAUGAAGAUGAGCCUUAAGUGUCUGGCAGCCCGCGCCGUCCGGCAGCACCAGAUCACAUACCGGAACCAGAUCCCCAAGACUCUGGAGGAGUUUGUCGAGUUCCACUGAAACUCGUGCUCAAAGACCUAAACCGGUGCUUUAGGCCUUUUAAGGAAUCGCUUUGAGUUUUCUAAUCAAUCUGAAUUUGGAACAUUUUUAUGCUGAUCUUUCUAAUUUUCUGUCUUUGAAAUUUUAUUUGCAAAGUAAACCGGAGUCUGGAUGUGAAACUGCUGCUGCGUGUCAUUAGGAGGCUCCUCGCCAUGAAUGCCUUGAGGGCCACUGACCUUUGGUUGGUUGUGUCCGUGAUGAUGGGAUGACUCCUAGCCCUUGUGUCACAGUUCCUCUCUUCACCGGUCGGAUACUGUUUGGCUGCCACCUCAAGAAGCCGAUUUAGGGGUUUUGAUGGCGUUCUUAAUUUGGACAGGUUAUAAUGUUUACCAGUAAUUAUUAAAACAAAUGUGGUUUCCGUCUGUUUGAAAAUGACGUCAGAUGGGUCUAACUAUGCAGACACCACCUCAGUGUCCCAGGAUGCUCCAGUGUCUCUGGGGUCACAGAGCAGCUGAAGUAAAGAGAAGUGUCUUCUGAA